AUGCAGGCCGACAAGCUCACACGGAGCAUCACGCAGGCAGAGGCGCUGCUCAGGCGCUUCGUCAUCCGCGAAAACAAGGGCGUCAAGGCCGACUCGCCCGACCUCCUCACCACACCUUUCCGCGGCAAGCCCUCCAUCUUCACGCCUGUCAAGAAGGAGAACGGCGGCUGGACACCUCCAAAGUACUCGGCACGGCGGCAGAAGCUCCUCCAGCGCGCCGUCGAGAUCCUCGGAGUCGACCCCAGCAUCCUCCCUCCCUCGCCCGUCAAGAAGCGCGCUUCCGCCGAAGACCUCCCCGCAGGCCGCCGCCAUAUCGUCGCCUCGCCUCACAUACCAGCGACACAGGUCUUGACCGCACUCGCGCUGGAGAAGAAGGGACCGUACGCCGGCAGGAAGGGAGCGGCGUUCAAGGGGCAUGCUUGGGAGCGGUUCCGGGAGGAGAAGCUGGCAGAGCGGGCUCAGCUGCUCGAGAAGGCGCCUCAACGGAAGGCGGAGUUCAGGAAGGCCCAGGCAGAGAUCCGCCAGAAGUCAAAGCCGGCACUGCCAUUCUAG